GACGAGCUGCCUACCAAUAGCGCUAAUACAAUACGAUCGUACCCUGCUCAUAUAUCACUCAGGGAUGAUAUAGUCCAGUGCCAGACCUUUGGCAGACCAGUGGUCGAUGUUUUUGAACAAUUUAUGGAGGAUGAUGUCAAAUGCGGACCUUAUCACGUAUGCGAUUACAUGUGUUGUGUCGCACAUCCGGAGCUCUUCCCAAAGGCCACGGCUAGACGUAAGGCCUGGACUACACCUACACCUCAGACCAUACCGGCCGAGUGGACGCAGCCCCUCCCCUGCGAUGAUGAGGACUAUUACCGUAAUCCCAACGACUGUCACAAGUUCUACCGGUGCCAUAAAGUGCAGGGCAAAUUCACCAAGUCACUUUACGACUGUAACCCGGCUUACGCUGUGUUUAACGAGCAGUUUCGCCCCAAAUUCAUCGUCGAUUCCCUCACCCCUCACGUCGACUACAAUCUUGUGGUCUAUUCAGCCAACCAGAAGGCUAACAGUGCGGCCCUCACCUACCCGUCCGUACAGCUACCGGUGCUCGAUGGGCCAUGUCGUGCCGUACUAAUGACGGCCAGGGAGUUGGCCAUUGAGAUCAACAUUAAGUCCAUGGAUCUCAAUAAUGGCGAUCAAUUAAAGCCUGAAUACCUAGAGAUUAACCCCGCUCAUAUGGUACCCACUAUUGUUGAGACUGAUACAGGGUUUACAAUAUGGGAGAGCCGGGCGAUCAUGAAAUACCUGUGCAACCGGUACGCACCGGACGGUCAGCUCUACCCUAAAACCCCUAAACAACGGGCACUCGUCGACCGGGCCCUUGAUUUUGACGUAGGGUUGGCCCCUAUUAUCGGCGAUGUUUUGGUAAUUUAAGUUUUUGAAAA